CUAGUGGGAGGCGGUCUAGGCAGCUGCCACUGCACUCACUGCUCACCGCCACUACCAGAGGGAGCCGGGCCUGGUGGAGACAACUCUUUUUUCAGGCCUUAUCCCACCAUAAGCCACGGCCUCGGCCUCUUGACAACACCAGGAUGGAAGUCAAAGGUCAGCUGAUCACCUCUCCCACUUUCAAUGCCUCAGCUGCCCUGUUUGGGGAGGCCACUCCCCAGGUGAAGUCAGAGCGUCUGAGGGGACUGCUUGACCGGCAGCGGGCUCUACAGGAGGCCCUGAGCCUGAAACUUCAGGAGCUACGCAAAGUGUGCCUCCAAGAGGCGAGGCCUGGUAUUGAUGGGCUGGGAGGCCUGGUAUUGAUGGGCUGGGUCUCUCCCUUCUCGCCUGUAGAGGAUGUAGUUCUCCACUCAGAGAGCAGCUCCCUCUCAGAGUCUGGGGCCAGCCACGAUAAUGAGGAUCCUCGUAGCUGCUUCCCUCUGGCUGAGCGCCCCUCGCCGCCCAAGUCCUGGGACCAGCUGCGGGCAGUAUCUGGGGGCAGCCCUGAGCGGCGAACCCCAUGGAAACCACCCCCGUCAGAUCUUUAUGGUGACCUGAAGAGCCGACGGAACUCCGUGGCCAGCCCCACCAGCCCUACACGCUCGCUGCCCAGGAGUGCCUCCAGUUUUGAGGGGCGAAGUGUGCCUGCCACCCCCGUCCUCACGCGGGGCGCUGGCCCCCAGCUCUGCAAACCUGAAGGCCUCCAUUCACGCCAGUGGUCUGGCAGCCAGGACUCCCAGAUGGGCUUCCCCCGGGUGGACCCGGCCUCGGACCACCGCGCCUCGCUCUUUGCAGCUCGCACCCGCCGCAGCAACAGCUCUGAGGCCCUGCUAGUGGACCGGGCGGCUGGGGGUGGAGCUGGCUCCCCACCUGUGCCUCUGGCUCCCCCUGCCCCUGGUCCCCCAGUCUGCAAGAGCAGCGAGGUGCUGUAUGAGCGCCCCCAACCAGUCCCUGCCUUCUCCUCCCGCACAGCUGGCCCCCUAGAUCCUCCCCGGGCUGCCCGGCCGAGCUCAGCUGCCCCUGCCUCCCGUGGGGCCCCCCGGCUCCCACCUAUGUGCGGGGACUUCCUCUUGGACUAUUCCUUGGACCGGGGCCUGCCCCGAGGUAUUGGUGGGCCAGGCUGGGGGGAGCUGCUGCCUGCAGCUGAGGUCCCAGGACCCUUCUCCCGCAGGGAUGGGCUCCUCGCCAUGUUCCCAGGCCCACCACCCAUGUAUGCAGCUGACGGCAGCAGCCCCCUCCUCCGCAGCAAGGACCCCCACACCCGGGCCACCCGCACCAAGCCCUGUGGCCUGCCCCUGGAUGCCACAGAGGGUCCAGAGGUGCAUCCAAACCCCCUGCUGUGGAUGCCCCCACCCACCCGUAUCCCUCCAGCUGGUGAGCGCAGUGGCCACAAGAACCUUGCCCUGGAGGGGCUACGGGACUGCACAGGGUCUCUGGCCUGCAUGACCACAUUAGUCCAUGGGGUCUCGGUGGAGGGAUGGACAUGGAACCAGGGUGCCGGGAGGAAGGGACAUCCUGUGCCCUUGCCUUUCUCUUCCUCUUUUAACCACGCCCCCUGCUUGCCAGCCUCAAGGUGCUGUCCUGUGCCUCUCUCCACCUCUUUAACGAGCCUCUUUUCCUCUCUUUCUGUGUCUUGUACGUCUUUUCCUCUCUUCUCUGUCUUCCCACCCUGUCCUCCGGAUUCCUGCUACCCCUUCCAAAGAUACUACGCGGACUUCCUGUACCCCCCGGAGCUGAGCGCUCGUUUAAGUGACCUGACGCUAGAGGGGGAGCAGUCCUCCAGUUCUGACCCUCAGACCCCGGGGACACUGGUCUGACCCCUUCUGAUAUGCUCCUUGUUGGCCUGGGCAUGACUCCAGUCUGGGGAGCACACGCUGACCUCGCUGAGCCCUGGGGUACGGUUGCUCUUAGUCCUGGGCAGGGGGCGCCAACCUGAUCUUCCAAGGCCCCCAGCUCCCUGUGGGCCCAUGAAGGUGUCUGAUACCCCACUUCUCCUCUCAUACUGUGCUGAGAACUGGGGGCCCUCAGCCAGCUUAAAAGUGGGGGAUGGUAUAAUGGGGGCUCCAAGCCCCUUCCUCCAUUUCUGUUUACAGUUGUGAUUUAGGUUUUCACUGUCUUUCCCCAACACUAGACGUUUUAUAAAAGGGAAACUGUGAUCUUGUCUGGUUGGGUUCAUUCCUGUCCCAUGCCCAGCCUGUUCCAUUCAGGAACCCCUCCCAUGAAAUGGACCAUAUAGUCACAUGGCCCUGUUCGGGGCAGCUAGGGACUCUGGUGUGAACAGAACUCUCUGCCAUCCCCCACCAGGGUAGUUCUUGGGGAGGUGAGCUCUCUGCCCACAUUUGGUGGGGGGCUUGGGUUCAUCUUCCCACCCCAGGGGUGUAGGAAGGAGCCCCAGUCCCUGCCUGCCUGUCUGUGCCCGCUUCCUCUGCCCCCAGGGUGAGAUGACCCAGCCUUUGGUGGCAGCCUCUACCCUAUCCCCAUUCUGGGGGCUCCACAGGAGGGUCCAAGGACAGAGCCAUCAGGUGUGUUGUGUCCUGGGAUGCUUCCGUGGUGGAACCUGGCACCUGAUAGGUGCCAGUAAAAUCCUCAGGUGACGCCUGGCCACAGGCUGCGUCACAUCUUCCUUGACUUUCCUUCCAUCCACCACUUUUUAAACAAAUAUACACAAGCUGUGUUUUCUAUGAUACCUGUCUGUGACUUUCUGGAGCUGGGGGUCAACAUACCCCCUUUACCUGGUGUUAAAACUUUUCUUUUUGUAUCAGCCGAUCUGGGCCCAAGACACUACCCACACUGGAAGAGGAUUUUUAGAAUAAAUGUGUAAACCGAA